UCUCCUCACAUAUCAAGCGCCCUCUGAUGUGUGGUGUGGGCUUUCCCGAUCGUGGCUUCUCAACAUUCCCCAGGCCAAGGCCCCAAUGUGCGACUGACACAGAUAACACUGAGGAUGAGGUUGGGAAAAGUAGGUGCAGCUGGAGCAGCCAAAGAAGCCGGCGCCAACCAUGUCUGGAUUUCUCUCGCAAGGUACAAUGACGAUCUUAUAGGGUCGCCAGAAAAAUGGGAGAAAUACACAAGAAGUGCAGACGGACAUAUGGGGAAACGCAGGCCUGGAUUUGAGCACAUGGGAGAGGAAGCGUUAAGCACAUUUUUCAGCGACGGCCGUUGGGACUCGGGAAAGAUGGUGGCAAGUUUUGCUAAAAUGAGGGCCUUUGGGGACGGAUUCAUGAUCAAGACCACUGACAAAGACGAGAACUUGAAGGUCAUAUCGUUUGUCCUGAAACCUCUUAGCACGUCCAAGUGGAAGAACCUCCUAGAAGAGGUGAAUCAAGAGGUUCCAUUACCCAAUGAAAUGGGUAUAACACCGAGUGAAACGACGUCCAUAUGUGAUGUCACACAAGGUGCAGAAAAGGGUGUUGUGCUUGAUGCAGUUCGAGUGGUACGACUCCGGCUGUACAUGGGUCAAAUAUUCAUGGGAUGGAUGUGGUUCAUACCUGUAUUUCAUAUGCCUCCGCCCUCAAGGUCGGAUGCUCGAGAUGUUCCUCUAUAUUGGAUGUAGAGGUCGCUUUGGAGUGGUUAAGUGGGUCGGAUUCAGAUGCCAAAUCGAGCGGCACUCGUACCUUGGGUGUAGAAUUUUUAAGGGCUCUUGGGACUUGGAAAUACCGUUCAGGCAAUAGCUGCUGGAGAUGUAGAAGUUAAACAGGCUGCCGAGGACUGAAUAUUGAAUAUAUGUUGCCCCAGUGCCG